AUGGCCCCACCGUCGCUGCCGCACCUUGAAUCGCCUCGAUGCUCCUCCCCUAAUUCCUUGGCGAUUGUUGUGGCUGGAGGUGCUGAUCCGAUAUUGCCGUCUCCGAUUGCGACAACGGGAGCGGGUGUACGCGGCGGAUCAGGUGAUCCCUUGCAUCACAAAACGUUGCUGACGCCACCGCCUUCAAUUCCACCUGGAUCGCUGAUCACUCCGGAUGCAGCCCAGCUGUUCCAUCCGGAUGCAAACAUACUUGAUGUGUUUGUCCCCAGGGUGCAACAAACAUUUGAUACAAAAGAAGAAGCCUACCUCUUUUACCUUGACUAUGCAAAGUUGGCUGGUUUUAGUGUCAGGACAAAAAGGACUAGUAAAGAAACCACACACUGGGUUUGCAACCGUGAGGGGUUUCUGAAGCCAGGUCAAGAGAAUGAGGAGUCUAUGACAAAUAAGACAUCGAUGAGAAUUGGUUGCCCUGCUUAUGUGAAGGUGAAGGAGGACAAGAAGCGCAAUAUUUGGUAUUUUCAUCAUGUUCAGGAAGCACACAAUCACAAACUUGAACCCUCACCAAGGAUGGUGAGAUAUAUGCAUUCUCAUAAGCAGAGGGAGGCAGCGUUGGAUGACCUGUUUGCAAUCAUGUCAAAGAGUGGUGUGCCAACACAGGCAGCAAUGAAUGUAAUGUCAGAAUUAUUUGGAGGCCGUCAAAACUGGCCGUUCACAGAGAAAGAUGUCCAUAACAAGAAAGCUGAGCAAGCAAGGGAGGAGAGAGAUGGUGACAUGGAUAAACUGUUCCAAUUUUUCAGGGAGUGCAAAGAACACAAUGAAUACUUUUACUGGGAUGUGGAUUUUGAACCAAAAACAAAUGUGCUUCGGAGCAUUUUUUGGUGUCAUGCAAGUCAGCGUGCAGAAUACAAGGAUUUUGGGGAUGUAGUCACAUUUGACACAACACACAAGACUAACAACAAGCAUAUGCCGUUGGCCAUGUUUGUGGGUUGCAGCAAUAAUUUGAAAAAUGUGUCCUUUGGCCAAGCACUUCUUCGGGAUGAAACAAUAGACACAUUCAGAUGGCUUUUUGAGACCUUUAAAAGUUGCAUGGGUGGUCAGCAACCUUUUGUGAUUCUUACAGAUGAAGAUGCAGCGAUGAAGGAAGCAAUAAGGAUUGUGUUUAACAAGACACAACACCGAAAUUGCCGAUGGCACAUAACCAGAACAUGGGAUUACGAACUCGAGGAGCUGUACAAAUUGCACAAUGAUAAUAAUCUAAAGGAGAAACUGCAGUCCCUGAUAAACUAUCCUCUGGGACCCACACAAUUUGAGGUGGAGUGGAAUAAACUGGUGGAUGAAUGUGGCAUAAGAGAACACCCUGCAAUUGUUGCAUUGUGGCAAAAAAGGAAGAGAUGGAUAGCAACAUAUUUCAAAGGCAUGUACUGUGGGCGAAUGACUUCCACCCAAAGAUCUGAGAGCCAAAACAGGAGGGUGCUUGACUCGAUUCAGCACACAGACCACAUGGAUGCUGGGGAAUCACACUACUCACAGACUGAAGUUGUCAGAGCCUGCAAAUCAAGAUUUGAUGAGCAACUCAGCAGGGUGUACACCAGGGCUGUGUACAAUGAAUACAAGAGGGAAUAUAUUAACAGCACAGCUUUUGUGAUAGAGCCUGAUCCGGGAGUGGAAUGCGGUUACUUGGUGAAACAUGAGAAAGGCGAUGGGACAUUUUGCUGGGCACAACACGCAUUCAAAGUGGUGGCUGACAAAGCAGCAGGCGUGUAUAAAUGCGAAUGCAUGCAGUGGGAGCAUACAGGUCUGUUCUGCAUGCACAUAAUAAAGGCAUUCACCCACCUCCAAGUCCAAAACAUACCUGAAAAGUACAUUCUGAAGCGAUAUACACGUAAUGCAAGAUCUGUGGUUCCGUGGGACCGGCAUGAUGUGAGUGUUGGUGGUCAAAAUGAGACAGAGCAGUCAAGGUUGUCGAAGCUGCUGCUGAAGUUAAUGCGACUGGGAAGAGCGAGAAGGAAAUCUGAUAGAGCAUACACUGAAACUAUCAGGCACAUCGACAUGAUAACUCCUGGGAUUGAGCUUCUACGAACAGCGGAGAUUGGUCCGAUUGGUCCGGACGAAGCAACAAAUACUGAGUUGCAGCAAGAUGCAGAAGGACGGCGGAAUAUUGGUCCCAUUGCACCAACACAACAAAGUUCUGACAACAAUAUAGAACCUGUUGUGAUGCCAACUGGACCUACACCACCACAGGAAUCGGGCCUGAAUCCAGAUUCUGCAAACUGCCUCACUGAUCUAAGAUUGACUGAACCGCCAGUGUCGCGCACGAAGGGUAGGAAGUCUGCCAGUGGGGCUAAAUGUGCUAAAAAUAGUGUGGAACCUGCUAAUCCAUACAACACAUAUAGUGGUGGUCAGGGCAUAAGAGAGUGCCAAACCUGCCAUGUUAGGGGGCACUAUAGCACAACAUGCCCUCAGAACCCAAACAGAAGCAGAGCGGCCGAGAACAAGGACAAAAAGAGAAGUGCAAAAACUGUAGGUUGGACUCCAAGAAAAAGAGGUCGCCCAACAAUAAAAAAAGGACUAGAUGAGAAUCAAGAUGAGGCACAGAGUGAGGGGGAUGAUACACAGCAAUCUGGGUGCACUAUGGCGGUGCAGGAGUCAGCAGCACACGCGGUGAUUGCAAGAAUUAGGAGGGCGACAACUUGCCAUGUUAAUUACCAGGACGAAAGUGAUUAA